AGAGAAGAGAGACGAGCAUCACUGCAGGGACGUGACUCUACCUCACCACAGUGUCUUUGACUGGAAACUGCAGCACCAUGACUCUGGCAGCAUACAGAGAGAAGAUGCGAGAGCUCCCCCUGGUGUCUCUCUUCUGCUCCUGCAUCCUUCCUCAGCCCAGAGACACCACAGUCGACAAGAAGGAAGCGGGCGUGGUGGACUUGAACCUGUGCAACAUCCGGGACAUGGAGGUGAUCGAGCUGAGCAAGCGGGCGAGCGGCCAGGCCUUCGAGGUCAUCCUGAAGCCGCCCACCUUCGACGGCGGCCCCGAGCUCAGGGCGACCACGCCUCCUCGCCAGAAACCUUCGCUGGAGGAGAUCCAGAAGAAACUGGACGCCGCUCAGGAGAGAAGGAAGUGUCAGGAGGCGGAGCUGCUAAAACAUCUGGCCGAGAGGCGGGAGCACGAGCGGGAAGUCGCUCAGAAAGCUCUGACCAAAGAGCGGCAGGAGCAUCGCGCCGAAGCCAACAAGCAGCAGCGGCAGAUGCACCUGAGCGCCUCACAGGAGCGGCUGCAGGAGGAGGACAAGCACAGUGUGGAGGUGUCUUGAUGGCCUGAUCACAACACAAGCUGAACUUUCUUUGGAAGCCAUUUUAGGGGGCGGAUGAGCUGAGGAUUGAACCCGGCGCUGCUCCGACUGGGAGGUCAACAGGAAGAGACUCUGGAAACAUGAGAGAAGAAGAAAACACAGAGGAGGACCGAGGGCGGUUCCGAGCGCUCGACCUCCUCUAAACAACCAGGAGAAAAACUUUGAAUGAGAUGAACUUGUGAAACGACAGCUUCAUCAUUCGAUGCUUCGCAGGGGUUUUACUGUGCUUUGUUGCCAUGCCAACAGUGCCAAUGUGUUCAUGUGCGUGUGAUUGUGCAUCGAGGAAUCAAAACUGUCGUCACAACACUGAAAAGUUGUACACGACCAACCAAGCUGACCCGACAUCUCUCCGACAGACGACGGACUCAAACCCAAACAAGCCAAAGGAUCAACUGGACCGUCUGCAUCCGGAAACACAGCUCACCUGAGUGAAACAGCUCCAUCUGCUGGACAGUGUCCUUCAUUACAUCUACUGAUCAGGACAACGUUUUGAAAGGUUAAAUCUCUGCAGUGUGGAUCUUCAUCCAACCGCGGCUGUAGGCCGGUACAGCAAAAUCAGCCUGAGUGAACUCCGACGAGAGAUGAGUCACCAACACUCACCGACAGAGCGAUGAGACCACAGAGACAAGGGAACCCACAAAACCAUAUCUGAUCAAGACGAUCACAAGCUCGAGUCAGAGUGAAAACGCAAACAAUAAAAAGACGAUACGAAGACAAGCUCCGAGAUAAAAUGUUGAUGCACAGAUGAGACUUCUUCUUGAGGUCGAAACUAAUCACAGUCAAAACACCAGAAAACAACUUCAUGAGAUCAGCAGACGUAAAAAAAAACAGACAGUGAAGCCAAUGCAGACGUGUCUGAAACCUGUGUUCUGUGUAGUGACCAGCAGGGGGCGACUCCAGUGGUGGUUUCUAUAGAAGUCUUCAUAAGUCAGUUGGUAACAUCAGUAAACUUUGUCCUCGGUAUUUUAUGUCUCAGUCUCUAGUUUCAAGUGUUCUUCAACACAGCUGAUGUCCAUUUAGUCAAUUAUGAUCAAAAUGCAUGGGGGGGGGGGGUUUGAUUGACUGCUAGUACCGUCCAAUGGGUGCAGGUCUCAGGUGUA